GGAAAGAAAGAGCAGAGACGCAGACCAAAGAAACAUACCUUUUUUCCGGAGAAGAAGACUGAAGACGGCCGACGCUGGACGGCUGGAGACGGUUCGUAGCUCGCCAAAAGCUGCUAGGGAAUGGAUGUUACUUCGAGCCGUAGAUACCAAGAAACAUCAAAUUGCUAUUAAAGUUCUUGUGGUUCGAGCCUACCGACGCCCACCGUAAAUUUAGAUAUACUUUUCCAUGACCAACAGGGUAUCAAUGAUUUGAAAGGUGGGUAUGACAGAGGAGCUGUGGAAGAGUCAUUUGAGCUUCCGUAUGAUCACAAUGAGCUGGGGCAGAAAUUGAUAAAAUUGAGGCCGGAUCACUUGGGAAACAAGAAUUGGUUUUCAUUACAAGAAUUGAAUGAUAGAUUACUGAAAGUUAGGGAGAUCGCCAAGGAAGAGUACAAGGCUAAAAACACUGGAGAGUUAGCGAUGCUGAGGAGUAACUUGAAGUCAAUAGAAAAAAUUGGAACUGCUGCUAAGAACGAAAUCAGCCACUAUGGGGAUGUGGAUAUGACACGCCUAUUUGGAGAAAAGUCAGAAUACUUAAUUAUCACAUCCUCCCAAGGAGCACUUAGUUGAAAAGUAUUUUGAUCCAGCUCUCAUGUCAUCUGCAGAGAAAAUGAAGUUGGAGCUAAAGAAAGUCAGAGAUGAAUUUAAAAUGUCAGAGUCCGAUUGUGGCUCUGCUCGUGUUCAGGUAGCUCAACUCACCACCAAAAUCAAACACCUAUCAGUUCUGCAUAAAAAGGAUAAACAUUCUCGAAAAGGACUUCAAGCAAUGGUCGAGAAGAGGAAGAAGAUGUUGAAGUAUCUCCGGAGGACUGACUGGGGCUCGUACUGUCUCGUGCUAUCUAAGCUUGGCCUCCCUGAAAAAGAUUACUACAAGGAGUAAAAACUGCCACAUGCUCAACUCUUUGCAAGCUCGGGUUGGAAGCAAAGCCUUUUUUUUUUUUUUGCGAAUUGUGGCUGUCACUUAAUUUCCUACCCCCCACGGGUUCCCUAAUUUUUUUUUCUAACAUUGCUUGAAUGCACUUUUGCAAAAAUAAUUUUUUUAGUACACUUUAUGGCUAUGCAAUGUAGUUUCUUGUUUGGUUUUUGCUCAUUUUUAAGAUCUGAUAGUGGUGUUCUAUUUUAUACUCCCUUUGUCCCAAUUUAAAUUGCUUGUUUUGACUUUUGGGCAUAUUUAAAAAUAAAAAAUAGAGUUGAUUUUU